UCCGGGAUUCUUGUAAGUCUUCUUCUCCAUAAAUUACUGACGGUUGCGUUUCAUCCCGGCAAAGAGAUAAGGGUGCAUUAUCAUUAAUCAGCUUGGAUUAUGAAGAGUCUCACAAAUAGUACGAAAGACGCACCGUGAUUCGGAUGUAGCUUAUUAAGAACCUGGAAUCUGGUCGGAUUGACUACGUCAGCAGACGCAUACCAGAAAGGUCCUUCCUUUCCCGUACCCAACGGCAUUGAUAAGAAACGCCAGAAGAGAUAAAGUGUUCUUGCUUGGUUCUUUGUGGAGGUGAGCUUCAUUGGAUCAACCGACAGCCGCUAGAAUGGACGAUAUUGAUAACAUUAUCCUGCAUUCGUUGCGCCAGAUUGAUAGUGAUUUGGAUGAGGAUAUCCAAGGAUUGGACCAGUUGACGCCCUCCGUUCUGGUGCGAGCCGUUUCAAAAUGUUUGCUGCUGAUCGAUCCUUCGCUGGACCUCCCGACUUCCUUGCCACCGGGGAUGGCCCAAAGGUUCACCGUUACAGCGCGGCUUGCCGAGGCCUGUACGACGGUGGGCUAUCGGCGCGAUAUAGGCUACCAGACGUUUCUCUACUCCAAUGUGGCCGAGGUGCGACGCGUGUUCAUGUUUCUCAUCGAGCAGCUGCCGAAGGAAUCGGGUGAUACGGCAACGGACGAGCUUCCUUUCGAUCGGGUAACGGAGCUGGAGGCCCGCAUCCUAGAUACGAUGCGUCAACAGCUGCAGACCUCGUGGUCACAGCGUGGAGCUUUAGAUCUACGACAACGAGGCACCCUGAGAGGCCCUCGACGACUUCCCUUUGUGACCCAAAGUGAUGUUACAGCCGAGAUCAAAGAGUACUGGUUGCGUCGAAGUGGCCUAUGGGAGGAGGAUAUCGAUGAAGUGGAUCGGCAACUACCGGCCCAGGAUCAGUCCACCACCAAUUGCGUAGAUGCAAUCGCCAAGUUACAGGCUUAUUAUGCUCAAAACAAGGCAAAGUCACCCAUUUUGAACGAUGGCGAGCAGGACCGGGACAUUGGUAUCGGCGAAUCGAAUCAAACAACGAAUCAGUUGGCACUGAUUGAGGAAGAGAUGCAACAACUCCGAUCGUCGCUGGCCGAAAUACAGUCCGAGGGCCAAACGUUACGGGCCAAACGUGAAGCGAUCGAGCAGGAAACGCAAAACAUCGAGCAAACGGUUGAACGCCUUAGGGAGGAAAAGAAGGUCAAAGAACGGACACACAUUCUGCUGGAGAAUCCGGAAGUUAACAUUGCCAAACUGGAAGCGAUCAUUGUGGCCGCCGGCGAGAAGAUGAAGAAACUGCAAAGCCAAUGGGAGACACAUCAGGCACCGUUGCUUGCUAAGCUUGAGGAACAUCGAGGAAGAAGCUCCGAGAGUGAGAGUAAAUUACAAAAAAUGCAACAAGAAAUCGAAUCCGUGCGCCACAAAUCGGAAGAGGUGAUUGUGGAUUUGCAGACGAAGAGUGCGUUGCAUGCGCGAUUGGUGCAACAGUACGAGCGGAUCGGCAAAACGGUAAGCCGCACCGCGUACACGGGCCGUAUACUGGAGAUCAUUGGCAACAUUCGCAAGCAGAAGACUGACAUCGACAAGAUCCUGCACGAUACGCGGCGGUUGCAGAAGGAGAUUAACGCUACGACGGGUCAGCUCGAUCGGCAGUUUACCGUGACGGAUGAUUUGAUCUUCCGGAAUGCUCGCCGUGAUGAGUUCACGAAGCGAGCUUACAUACUGCUCGUAGCCUUGCACACCGAGUGUGCGGAGUUGGUGGCCAUGGUUCAGGAAACGGGCACCUUCAAGCGGGAGGUGCGCGAACUGGAAGAUCAAAUUGAAAGCGAAAAGGAUCGCAACGUUGCUGCAAACCUUAGCCAGAUUGAGCGCGAUCUGGAAGAGAUGCAACGGGAGAGCAGACGGUUGGAGGAAGCACUUCGCCAGUUCGAGAUAACCGGCCGGAAUGGAUGCUAAUCUAGAAAUUACGAAACAGAAUAAAUGUGAUAUAUCCCCGAUUAUGUAGCCGAA